CUAGAAAAUACGAAUUACAUAGAUAAACAAAAGCUCUACAAUCAACCCCACUUCUUAUUACAUUUUGACAAACGGGGAAACAAACAUCUGAUUCUGACAUUUCAACAUCUGAUGCUGGUUGCCUAUUUUCUGGAAGAAGAAAACCCAGAAAACGUGAAGGUGGUAAAAAGUGAGGUUAUAAGUUUUAAGAAUAAACUACAGUACUAAUAAACGUUUCUAAAUGAACAUUUGUGAGAAUAAUCAUGAUUGCAAGAAGUAGGCAGUUGCUCAAGAUUAUCAGCACCACAGACCAUAUCAGAAAGCUUCAAUCAAAUAAUGUUCAGGUCUUCAGCGGGAAGUACAAUGUGGAAUUUUCUUUUUGUAGACAAUUUUCCCAUUCCGAUGAAGGUGGUCGUGAUGAGAGUGAGGUAGACAUAAAAGCAAUAACUAAUGGAGAUCCAGAACUUGAACACAAACUAAAAGUUAUUUUAUUAGAAGCAGAAGUUAUGAGACAAGAAGGAAAAUCUGUGCCUGAUAAUACAUACAUUUCGGAAUCACAUUGGAAAGAACUACUUUCUUUACCAUCACGAAGUGCUAGGAGAAGAAUGUAUGAAUACUUAUUUAAACUAUCCAAGAAAAAAGAAAACAGAAUUGCAAAGAAGUUGGAAAAGAAACAGCAAUUUGAAGAAUUUAAACAGCAGAGGACAAAUGAAGUUAAGGAUGUACCUAUUGAAGAGUUUGCUCAUACAUAUGACUUAAAACAUAAUAACAUGUUUUUAAGGAUCUAUGAGAGUACUAUAAAUAAUUUGUAUAAUAGCAAACUUAUACAAGCUAUUACUUAUGGACAAAAAGUAGUUGUAGACUGUGGAUAUGAUGAUAAUAUGACUAAGAGGGAAAACUUGAAUUGUGCUAAGCAGUUGAUGUAUAUGUUUGCUCAAAAUAGGGUGCAUAAAGAACCAUUUGAUCUGCAUUUCUGUAAUGUAAAUCGUGAAAGUGUUCUCAUACAGCAACUGUACAAGUACAUACCAACUAUGUAUGAAAAAUGGUUCCCUUUGAAUAUCCAUGAAUGUAGUUAUUUGGAUUUGUAUUCUAAGGAUCAGCUGGUAUAUCUAACCCCACACUGUAGAGAAGAAAUGCAUGAAUUUGAUCCAGAUGCUAUUUAUAUCAUUGGUGCCAUAGUGGAUAAGAUAAAUAACGAGCCAUUAUCUUUAGCGAAAGCCAAAAGGGAAGGUCUAAAAAUGGCAAAAUUGCCACUGGAUAAAUACUUACAGUGGGGAGGAGGAUCGGGGAAGAGCCUCACCCUAAAUCAAAUGGUUUCCAUACUCCUUGACAUCAAUCUCACUGGGGAUUGGAAUCAUGCAUUACAACACGUACCAAGGAGAAAAAUAGUUGAUUACAGUAUUGCACAAAAUAUUAGGAAGACAUCUGAUAAGUUGAAAUAUGACAGACCAAGGACGAAGUGGAUACCAUCAUCAAACGUUUCAUUCAAUAAUUUAUCUUACCAAAGAAAAAGCAUUACUAAAACAAUUGAAGGUGAAGAAAAGGACAGGAUUAACAUCAAACAAUUUCUAAAAGAUUCUGGUUAAUUGUUGUACUAUUUUUAUUAGAUUUUUUUGUUUACAUUAAAUAAAAUAAUAACUUAG